GUAAAAGUGUGUGCGCUGUGAAGGAAGAAGUAAUUCUGAUCCUGCUAGAAAACAGUUUUACAGGCGAAAAAUGCCGGAGUUGGCCGUGGAAAAAGUUGUUGUCCAUCCGUUAGUGCUUCUCAGUGUGGUGGACCACUUUAAUCGAAUUGGAAAAGUUGGUAGCCAGAAGCGAGUUGUUGGAGUAUUGCUGGGCUCGUGGCAAAAGAGAAUCCUUGAUGUGUCCAACAGUUUUGCAGUGCCAUUUGAUGAGGAUGACAAGGAUGACUCUGUUUGGUUCCUUGACCACGACUACCUGGAAAAUAUGUAUGGCAUGUUCAAGAAAGUCAAUGCCAGGGAAAGAAUAGUUGGCUGGUAUCAUACAGGUCCAAAACUGCACAAAAAUGACAUUGCAAUCAAUGAACUCAUGAAGCAGUACUGCUCAAACUCAGUUUUAGUUAUUAUUGAUGUGAAGCCGAAGGACUUGGGUCUACCCACAGAAGCAUACAUCUCUGUAGAGGAAGUGCAUGAUGAUGGCACUCCUACGUCCAAGACAUUUGAACACGUGACAAGCGAAAUAGGGGCUGAGGAAGCAGAGGAAGUUGGUGUGGAGCAUUUACUCAGAGACAUUAAGGACACCACAGUGGGCACCCUCUCCCAGCGCAUCACCAACCAGGUGCAUGGGCUUAAGGGCCUGAACUCUAAGCUAUUGGACAUCAAAAGCUACCUGGAGAAGGUAGCUAUGGGCAAGCUACCCAUCAACCACCAGAUCAUAUACCAGUUGCAGGAUGUCUUCAACCUGUUGCCAGAUGUCAACCUACAAGAGUUCAUCAAGGCCUUCUACCUCAAGACCAAUGACCAGAUGCUGGUGGUCUACCUGGCCUCCCUCAUCCGCUCUGUGGUGGCUCUGCACAACCUCAUCAACAACAAGAUCACCAACCGUGAUGCAGAGAAGAAAGAGGGCCAGGAAAAGGAUGACAGCAAAAAAGAGAAGAAGGAAGAGAAGGAUAAAGACAAAGAUAAGGACAAGGACAAGGACAAGGACAAGGGGGAGGCUUUGACUCGGAAAGAUGACAAGAAGGAGAAGAAAUGAGCUAAUGGGGAAUAAGUACUAAAUGAACAACUGUUGCUACAUAUGAGACCAGUGGAAGUCUUUCUUUUUUGGGUUUUUUGCUUGUUUCCUUUGUAUACAGUGAAAGCUGGUAAAGCUUUACACCGUCUUCAUAGUUAGUUGGGCACUGUAUAUAUCUUUUUGAUAAAAAGGACUCAUUUUCCCAUU